GCUGCAACAGGUGCCUCCCCGAGCAGGAAGCCCGCGCCGCCGCCGCUCAGCUCCCCGGGCGCGUCCGGGACCCGCUGCGCCAGCGCGCCAUUCCCGGGCCCGCGUGCGUCCCCACGAGGACAGGGACGCCGCCGCUCCCGCCGCCUCUCCGCCCCGCUUCCUGCCCCCGCUCCCGGCCAGGGGCCCAGGACAAGGCCGCGCCCGCGCCCGCCCCCGGCCCCGCCACCCUCCCGCCGCUUUGCGCGCCAUGGACGCCCCGGAACGGCAGCCCGAGCCCGACGGCGGGGACGCCCCGGGCCACGAGCCCGGGGGCAGCCCCCAAGACGAGUUCGACUUCUCCAUCCUCUUCGACUAUGAGUAUUUGAAUCCUAUCGAAGAAGAACCGAAUGCACAUAAGGUCGCCAGCCCACCCUCCGGACUCGCAUAUCCCGAUGAAGUCCUGGACUAUGGCCUCAAGCCAUACAGCCCCCUCCCCAGUCUCCCCGGCGAGCCCCCCGGCCGAUUCGGAGAGCCCGAUAGGGUAGGGCCGCAGAACUUUCUGAGCCCGGCGGCCAAGCCAGCGGGGGCCUCGGGCCUGAGCCCUCGGAUCGAGAUCACUCCAUCUCACGAACUGAUGCAGGCAGGGGGCCCCCUCCGCGGGAGAGACACUGGCCUGCUGGGGGAGCAGCCGGCGCUGGCCGGCGCGGCCGCCAGCCCGCGGUUCACCCUGCCCGUCCCCGGCUUCGAGGGCUACCGCGAGCCGCUUUGCUUGAGCCCGGCUAGUAGCGGGUCCUCUGCCAGCUUCAUUUCCGACACCUUCUCCCCCUGCACCUCGCCCUGCGUCUCGCCCAAUAACGGCGGGCCCGACGACCUGUGUCCCCACUUUCAAAACAUCCCUGCUCAUUAUUCCCCCAGAACCUCGCCAAUAAUGUCACCUCGAACCAGCCUCGCUGAGGACAGCUGCCUGGGCCGCCACUCGCCCGUGCCCCGUCCGGCCUCCCGCUCCUCGUCGCCUGGUGCCAAGCGGAGGCAUUCGUGUGCCGGGGCCUUGGUUGCCCCGCUGCCUGGAGCCUCACCCCAGCGCUCCCGGAGCCCCUCGCCGCAGCCCCAGGACGACGGUGCCCCCGCUGGGUACCCCCCCACGGCUGGCUCUGCCGUCCUCAUGGAUGCCCUGAACAGCCUCGCCGCGGACUCGCCCUGUGGCAUCCCCCCCAAGAUGUGGAAGACGAGCCCGGACCCGUCGCCGGUGUCCGCCGCCCCGCCCAAGGCCGGCCUGCCCCGCCACAUCUACCCGGCCAUGGAGUUCCUGGGGCCCUGCGAGCAGGAGGAGGGGAGGAGCUCAGCCCCCGAGUCCAUCUUGCUGGUGCCGCCCACCUGGCCCAAGCAGCUGGUGCCUGCUAUUCCCAUCUGCAGCAUCCCAGUGACCGCAUCCCUCCCUCCGCUUGAGUGGCCACUGUCCCACCAGUCGGGCUCCUAUGAGCUGCGGAUUGAGGUGCAGCCCAAACCACAUCACCGGGCCCACUAUGAGACCGAAGGCAGCCGAGGGGCUGUCAAAGCUCCAACUGGUGGCCACCCUGUCGUUCAGCUCCAUGGCUACAUGGAAAACAAGCCCCUGGGGCUUCAGAUCUUCAUUGGGACAGCUGAUGAGCGGAUCCUUAAACCCCAUGCCUUCUACCAGGUGCACCGGAUCACGGGCAAAACUGUCACCACCACCAGCUACGAGAAGAUCGUGGGCAACACCAAAGUCCUGGAGAUCCCUCUAGAGCCAAAAAAUAACAUGAGGGCGACCAUUGAUUGUGCCGGGAUCCUGAAGCUUCGGAACGCCGACAUUGAGCUGCGGAAAGGCGAGACGGACAUCGGCAGGAAGAACACACGGGUGCGGCUGGUGUUCCGAGUGCACAUUCCAGAGUCCAGUGGGAGGAUCGUCUCCCUGCAGACCGCGUCUAACCCCAUCGAGUGCUCCCAGCGAUCUGCCCACGAGCUGCCCAUGGUGGAGAGACAAGACAUCGACAGCUGCCUGGUGUAUGGGGGCCAGCAGAUGAUCCUCACUGGACAGAACUUCACGGCCGAGUCCAAAGUCGUGUUUACUGAGAAGACCACAGAUGGGCAGCAAAUUUGGGAGAUGGAAGCUACGGUGGAUAAAGACAAGAGCCAGCCUAACAUGCUUUUUGUUGAGAUCCCUGAGUAUCGAAACAAGCACAUCCGUGCAUCGGUGAAGGUGAACUUCUACGUCAUCAAUGGGAAAAGAAAACGAAGUCAGCCUCAGCACUUUACCUACCACCCAGUCCCAGCCAUCAAGACGGAGCCCACCGAUGAAUAUGACCCCACCUUGAUCUGCAGCCCCGCCCACGGGGGCCUGGGCAGCCAGCCUUACUACCCGCCGCACCCGAUGGUGGCUGAGUCGCCCUCCUGCCUCGUGGCCACCAUGGCACCCUGCCAGCAGUUCCGCUCGGGGCUCUCGUCCCCCGACGCCCGCUACCAGCAGCAGAACCCGGCGGCUGUCCUCUAUCAGCGGAGCAAGAGCCUGAGCCCCAGCCUGCUGGGCUACCAGCAGCCGGCCCUCAUGGCCGCCCCCCUGGCCCUGGCGGACGCCCACCGCUCCGUGCUGGUGCACGCCGGCUCCCAGGGCCAGAGCUCCACCCUGCUCCACUCCUCCCCGGCCAACCAGCAGGCCUCGCCGGUGAUCCACUACUCGCCCACCAACCAGCCGCUGCGCUGCGGCAGCCACCAGGAAUUCCAGCACAUCAUGUACUGCGAGAACUUCGCGCCCGGCCCCGCCAGGCCCGGCCCGCCCCCCGUCAGUCAAGGCCAGAGGCUGAGCCCGGGGUCCUACCCCACGGUCAUUCAGCAGCAGAAUGCCACCAGCCAAAGAGCCGCCAAAAAUGGACCCCCAGUCAGUGACCAAAAGGAAGUAUUACCCGCAGGAGUGACAAUUAAACAGGAGCAGAACUUGGACCAGACCUACUUGGAUGAUGAGCUGAUAGACACACACCUUAGCUGGAUACAAAACAUAUUAUGAAACAGAAUGACUGUGAUCUUUGAUCCGAGAAAUCAAAGUUAAAGUUAAUGAAAUUAUCAGGAAGGAGUUUUCAGGACCUCCCGCCAGAAAUCAGACGUAGAAGAUGCCAUUAGCAAGACACCUUCCGUAUCUGACCCCUUGGAGCCUUCCACUGCCCUCACCUUCUGUUUCCUUUACUGUACAUCUCCUGGCCCGGAGGCCACGCGCGGGACAAGGUCCUGGCAGAAAGCUGACUCUCGAUUAAGGAGCUCGCCACCUCUCUGUGUAAACACCAGAGAGAACACUCUGCCUUUUGAUUUUUGUUUUAAAUCCCAGAGAGCAUCUCGGUUGACUUUCCUGGUGUCCCAUCCAAAAACCUUAAGUGCCUGCUGACCAAACACACAAGACAGCACGCUGGAUCGGCCCUGAGAACGGAGUGACCAGAGCUUGGGGCGUGGGCUGGGCUGGGGGAUGGAAGAUGUGGGCCCCUGUGAUUAAACCCCAGCCCUGCGUUCAUUUUUCCAGGUCACAGAUACAGCUCCUGUACCUUUUGAAGGAAAGGAGUUUUCAAACAGAGCCACCCAAGGAACGUGACCCGAGCGAGCCUGGCUUCCGGGCUGAAGAAAAAAAAACCCAGAAGCCGGACCGUCCUCCUUAGGGACCACCUAGUCCCGGCCACGGUCAGGCCACAGCUCCCGCCUUAUUGGUCAGUUUUCUCAUUCUGAAGCAAGACUGUCUGGCCCACACAAGAUGACCCGUUAAAACUCAGCGUUAAGUUAUGACAUGUGUCCACAUUUGUUAUUUUUGUCUCCGCUUCAAAAAGCCGGCCCAAGGCAGCUGGAGAGGGGGAAGCUCUCUGGGCCCGCUGCUCUCCACCCCUGCAGGGAGCGGCGGGACUGGGGCAGGGACCCCAGGCUGCGGCGUGAGCACCCGGCCGCUGCAGGCCUGCAACCCAAUGGCUUUCGGCUAGUCUCGCUUGCUUGCUUCCUCGCGGCCGGCGCACUUUCCCAUCAACUGGUGAAGAAGAAUCUCAAGCAUGUGCAUUGAAUUUUGAGAAGGAAUCCUGGAAGAGCUACAGCAACCAAAGGAAAAAAAGAAACCACGUAAACAGCGCAGGUGUUUUUGUGAAGUGGGAAACGAGGCGAUCGAUGGGCAGGCCUAAGUGUUUCUCUAAGUGGGUUCCCCCACGACAAGGGUUAAACUCCCUCUCUGGCCUAGACUCUGAGUGGGACAACAAGCUCAGGCUUUGGCCCUAAAGUUGUGAUUUUUGUUUGUUUGUUUUUAACCUGAACCCAUUUUAAGCGCCCCUCCGUCCCAAAAGACAUGUCUGCAUUAACUGCUUCAUCCGCCUCGAAGAGAACCUACCCACGCGCCUGCCUCCGUUGGAAGGAGCUCUGCCCAGACCGGCCGUAUGGUGGUUUUCUGCCCAGGUGUCUCUACUGUGCACACCGAGUCCUCAAGAGUCUUCCUCCUCUGGUGCAGUUUCUGCAAACACCUAAAACUCUCAAAGGUCUCGGCUGGGGAGUUUUCCGUCACACAGAUGUGUUCCUGUUGGCCUUUAUUGUGGACACCCUGGGACAAGCCAGAGAUUCAUUUUCAGCCAUUUAGUUUCUUCCCCCAGUAAUCCACACAGGAUGUAAAUAUUCCUGGCCCUCUUCGAAAGGCUCUUCGUAGGGAUUUCUCAGUCAACUCUGCUAGGUAGAAGCCGAGGAAGAGAAUCAUGGCCGUUAAGGGCUCGCUGUGGGUUUUCUGAGUCCUGGCUUCCUUGACAAGGUGACCCAGAGGUUAAAUCUUCCCCACAGCUUGGCCAGGAGCCUGAGGCUUGGCGGCUAUGGCCCGGAGGGUCUGGUGCUCCAGAGAGUGGGAGAGAAAGCCCAGGGUGUGACCUUUCAGUGGAGACCUAGCAUUUAGCUUCCCCAACAACUGGGGACCUCUCUUCAAGCCCAAAGUUUGGCAAAAUGCUCUUCUCUACAACAUGCCAGUGAGAGCUUGACUACUGCUGCAGAGCUUCUGGGAUGUGAAAUUCUCCCUCAUUAGUAAAAAGAUUCCUUGUACCAGCAGCUUUACCUAAAGGAUUUUCUCUCCAGCAAAAUUGACUUCACGGGGGGAAGAGUUAAAGUGUUUGGUUAGUGAUCUGUUCUCACUUGACUGGCUGGGAACCUUAACCUUUUUUUUUUUUUUUUUUUUUGCACAUGAGGGAAUUUGGCCUUUCCUCAGUUAUCUGAAUGUUUUACCCAAGUGCCUUCCUGCUAUUGUAGCAAAGUCUCUCUGCUUCGUUGUGCCUGGAUGGGGAGAACAAGGGCUAACGUGUUUUCCAUCGAUCUUCCAUCUCUGUCAGGGCAAAGGGCCUCCCGCUAGGUUCAGACUCCUGUACGUACGUGUGUGUGUGUGUGUGUGUAACGCACACGCGAGCUUUUUCUAAGACCUCCUAGCUGGAUAUUAGAGGAAGCACUUUCAUAAACAACUAUACCAAAUAACAAAGGAAAGAGAAACCAAAGCAUUAGUUUUGAGACCGAAACAGGCGAGAGAAUGUGUAUUAGGAACGGACAGUGAUCAAGAAAGUUUGGUCCGUAACAAAUGCCAGGAGGCAAUUUUGCCAAGAGGAAUUGCUCAUGAAAUAUUUUCAGUCUGGGAAGAGGCAAUAAGAUCCUCUGAGAGAAGGAGAAAAAUAAGGAUGUCUAAGUGGUAAAGAUGUGUGUGUGUUGCACGUGAUCGAAGGAUCUCAGGUCGAGGUUUGCACUUGCUACAUCCAAGGUAAAUAUGUAGCACGACCAACAGGAAUCUGCCCGUGUUGCUGAAUGUAGUAGAUCUCCCAAGUCUGCAAGUCUUCCCGUAUUGUACAAAAAUACUGCUGCUUGAUAAUAUAUAAGAGCGAUCCAAAUUAGCAGGUUAUUAAAUUUUAUUUUCUUAUCUGUAUGUUUAUGCUUUUUAUCUGUCCUGAAAAUAUCACACCCCACCCCCUGUUAGAAUUAGAAACUAUUUAUAAAUGGUUGAAAUCUUUUUCAAGUGUUUCUUUUUACAUAUGUUGUUGAUUUUUCCCCCCUAAGGGAAAUGAUGUAUUCUUGAAAUUGUGUGAUUCAUGCUAGCAAAAAAACAAAACAAACGAAAACCAAACCAAAAGAAAAACCAAAAACCCACCUCCGAGUCUGUCAGCCACCUGAGUCUUAGAAGAGAGCGUCUCUGGAGACAGAGGGAUGGUUUUGUGGAAGAAGGAACGCUCUCAUGGUUGCUUAAGAGGACAUGGACUUCAGCUCUGAGCCUUCGUCUGGUCACAGAGGAGAAUUGUAAAGUGUUGAGAUCCCCCAAAGCAGUAGCCUAGGAGGUGAUUUUGAUUUAAAAACAAAACUGCCUGUGUUGUAAUGGGAUUCUGGAAGAGUUCAUGUUCCCGUUCAUAGAACCCUCAGUGCAGGCUCAUGUUUACAGAGCUGACCAAAUCCUGGUAGAUAACCCCUCGUACACAUUAUUCAAAGGACCUGCAGAGUUUUCCAGCAGAGACGCACCCUAGAUGAAUCGGGUUGAUUUCUUCUAGAAGCUGGGAAACACUGAUGUGGCCUUUCUUGUUUACAUCCAGGAGCCAAGACGUCGGUCUCUGGAAGCCAGCCUUGGCCAGUGUGGGAGCGGUCACAUUUAGACAGAUUGGAAGCUGAUGUGUUCUGGUUGUCACUUGGAAAUAAAGGGAAGGCUGAAUGUGUUUAUUUUCAUGUCAAACACUUUCCAAGUGCUUUCUAUUGUUUGGAAUUCAAAGUCUGUCAGAGGUCCGCUUAACGGUUUUGUUCGCGUUUACAAGAGGCAUGGGGGUUGUGACGUUCUUGACAAGCUGGGGUAAACUUUCCCGCACCAUUUUUUGGAGGGAUAACCCUUUAGCAGGUACCCAACACCUCCUAACCUCCCUCAGAGAUGGUCCCUAAGCAAGCCCCUCUGAAAAGGAGAUGGGGUGCUGGGAAAAAGACACUGAACACUCGGCCUUGAUGCAUCUUGAUGCAGACCAAACACCUGCCUGGCUCAGGGUUUGGAUGCACUGGAUGCAUUGGAUGCAAAGCCGUGUCCAGCAGAGCAGGUCCUUUCAGCAUCGUGAUUGGUGUAAGCAGACAGAGGCUGUGGUUAGGACAAGCUUAGCAUCCCGAGCAUCUUGUCAAAGAACCUUACUCCUUUUGCCUCUACAGCCCUCACAGGGGAGAAAAUGUUGACAAUGCCCUAAUGAGUUCUCCAACGAAUAGAAUGUUCUCCAACAGGGUGGUGCUGGAAGGCUUAGGUUUUGAAAAUCUUGACUGUUAAAGAAGUUUGAAUACAUCACAU